GGGGGUCUUCGUACGGCCCUGGACAUGCGCGUAUAGCCAGGCGUGCAUUGGCACUCCCGCUAUCGAUCAGUCGCGUGUUAGUCCACCGUGACAUGGAGGAUCUCCUGCUGCAGAUCGUCAAGGAGUCCAGCAAUGCGAAGCUACAGAAUUUACGGAAAUCGGCGCAGGAAGCGCAUGAUUUCCUGGAGAAGCAGCAAGCGUUGCUGCGUGAUCCACCCCACGAGCUGCGAGCAAAAUGUCUACACACCUUUCAGCUAGCACUGGAAACCAAGAGGAGCAAAUUCGUCGCGUUCGGUCUGUCGGGAUUACAUAAAAUGUUGAGAGACGACAGAUUCCAGUCACCGUACGAGCCAGAGGACGAUUCCUUAUGGCUGCCCGCGCAAAUGUUGCACGCGAUGGGCUCUAUUCUGUCACAGUCCGACGACACGCAGACGGAUAUGUUAAAAGUGCUCCUGCAAGUUGCCUGUUCCUCGUAUUGGACGAUGAACGGCCGCUUGAUCAUCGCCAUUCUCACUACCUGCUGCGAGGCUUUCGAAAAUGGGAACCAAGCGGUCAGAACCGCUGCCCAAGCUGCCACCAGCCAGACACUGCGGUCCUUCUGUCUGUUCUUAGACGAGGAGUGCCAAGAAAUGGACGAGAACGCGAAGAAGAACAAGAAUCUCUGGGAGAGGGGGGUGUCCUGCUUCAACGAGGCCCUGCCGAUCCUUCAGUACAUCUGCAGCAAGCUGGACGAAGCUCAAAACAAUGGCAGAAACGGCAACACCGUGGUCUUCCUUCUGGAGUGCCUGCACACACUGAUCUCGUCCUUGCCGCAGAAGAUCCACACCAACGGUCAUUUCACCACCUUCCUUUGGCAGAAGUUCUGUCCCGCGCUGAUCGCUUUCCUCGGGACACCCAGGGUCGAUAAAACGUUCACCUCCAGGGAGGGCAAGGAGAACGAAGUGGGCAGGGGCUCCGGGUACCUUGCUACUUCGCUGAGCUUCGAUAGCCAUCAGGCUAAGACCGUCUACAGUAUCGGGACAGAGCUGGUCCGAUUGGUAGGCUGCGUAGGACCUUUGAGGCCAGUUCUAGAAUCCGUGUUCCAUCGAAUGCUGCUCUAUCCGCCCCCUCAGCAGCGUCUAGAGCCCCUGAAGGCGCUGAAGGAGCUUCUUCGCAGUCCCAGUCGAAUGGUGGACUUCGCAGGGCCGUUGCUGGUGGAGGAGGACAGGUCGAGCCACAUUCAGAGCGACAUGGCGUUGAUGAGACUGGCAAUGGACUCUAUCGAGGAAUCAACGACCGGCGGACUGAGCAUCUUGCACGCCAGCGUUUCGUGCGUGGUAGCGAUGCUCUCCGCUCUUCAGGAACUGUGCGAGGGCAAGGCCAUCAAUCACACCUACACCUGCGCGAUCAAUAGCUUGUACGAGGACCUGGAGUCCUGCGACUACAGAGGGCCGCUGACGUACCAGAGCAUGGCGAGGUUGCCGAAAACGUACAGAGAGCAAUUGGAGCUGAUGAAGAAAGGUAUAGGCUCCGAUUCCGACUCUUCGGGACACGGACCGUCGGAGGACGGUGAUUCGACGGAUACCGAAGGGCCUCAGAACGAUUCCGACGAGGUGCAAGAAGAGAACAGCUUGGAGGACAAUGACUACGCGAUGGAGAACGAAAGGGAGAGGCUGAGAUUGGAGAAGCUUCCGAAGUGUCUCCACGUUGGCAGACAGGUCGCCGACGAAUGCAACGUCGACGUAGAGAGACACAAUGCUAGGAAGUUCGUGAAGACGCUGAAAAGCGAUCUGAUCCCUAUGGUGUUGAGCCUGAGGAGCAACAUAGAGGUCGACGAAGCUUUGCAGAACUUUGCCUCGGAAUAUUGCCAAGGGGUGUUCACGGCUCAGCAGAAGAUCCAGGAGCAGACCGAGAUCAGCACCGACUCCUGCGCGUUGAUCACGAUCAUGAAUGCUGACGGGAUCUACUUGGCUACUUAUGCAGCCUUGCUGCUGAAUUUGAAGCUGAUCAGGAUCAAUUAUUACCACGAAGAGAGUCGUCAGGUUCCGAUCAGCGAGGAACAAUUCGUGGAAGAAGUGCACGGAUCGGGUGUCCUCGUCUAUUUGUCAGCGACUUGGCUGUCCGAACUGUAUCAGCAGGUGUUGGCCUGUAAUCUCCUCGAAAAGUGCGGCUACAAUCCGCACUAUACCGAGCACAGUGCUCUGAUAAACGUUCUAACCGACGUCGACGGCAUUCCCGGCAGCCAAAGAGGCGGACAGCUCCUUUCGGACUACAUAAGGCUGGAGAAAGCUCAGCUGUCUCGAAGCGAGCCAACACCGGAAGCCGAAGCCGGCGCUAAACUUUCCAGAAGAGUCCUAACUUGCUGCUGGGGAAGCAUGAUGACUGUUCUGACGACUGGCUUGAAUCCUCCGAAGGAAGAGAACAAUAAAGGAAUACUGAACAGAGACGGCGGCAGGAGAGGCAUCAGGGACACCGUCGUAUUGUCCUUGGAAGGCCUCCAUAAAGCUGCGAUAUUGAGCAAUAUUCUUGGUCUGCAGAAUCGUUGCGGCUCGAUUUUCGCUUUACUGGCGAAAGCAGCCUGCACGGAACAAUCGAUAUCGAGGAUCACGCGAACGAAGGAUGUUCUCAGGCUGAAAUUGCAGAACAGGGCGACUAAUAUUCACACGUCGCACGCGUUAAGCAUGGACGUUCUCCUGGGCAAAGGUCUGGAGCUGGGGAGCCAUGGCAGCGACUGUUGGCCGCACGUUUUCACCUGCUGCUUGUACGUGAGUAAACUGGAGCACGAUUUCUUCGGGAGAAACCAGAAUCCUUCGCUACCGAAGACUCAGCAGAAGAAGGAGAAGAAGGACGCUCCGAAUGGGGACUCCAAGGGGAAUCAGGACAGGUUGAGGCUGAACUUCAACAUAGCCGACGAGGAGGAGACCUGCGUCGACGUCUACAGCUUCUUGUCCAGCCCCUACACGCAGAACCCCAGCUCCGACACGAUCCCAGAAAUUAUCCAAGAGUCCACCGCGGACAGUCAGUUCAACGGCAUCCUCCCAGCCGAUUACGCGGCUAAGAUCAUCUGCGUCCUGUCGCAACAGGUCGACAGGCUCUUCGAGAACGCUGCUUUGAAGCUGAACCUGAGAGCGCUGUGCCUAUUCUUGACCGCGCUUUGCAAGGCCAGCAAGGCUCAAUUGUUUAAGACGCCGGACGGGUUCAAGGAUAACAAACGAUUCUGGUGGCGCAGAACCAAGCCCAGAGAGAACGAGAUGAACGUGUUGCUCUUGGCAAGGCUGGGGGAGGUGAUGCUGAAAUGCGUGAAGAGUGGAAGGCCUUUGAUUCACAUAAUGAGGGUCUGGAGCAUCCUGGGACCUCACUUCAUGGAGGCAGCCUGUCACAAGGAUCGUAGCAUCUCCAAGAAGGCGGUGCAGUGCAUCCACGACUCCAUGGCUGCCUUGUUGAACGAGCAAGUCGAGUUGCCGCACUUCCACUUCAACGAAGCGCUCUUCAAGCCGUUCGAGAACCUCUUGUGCCUAGAACUCUGCGACAGCGACGUGCAAGAUCAAAUCGUGAGCUGCAUCUGCGAGUUCGUCGAGACCAACCGUACCGAGAUCCGGUCAGGCUGGCGGCCUCUGUUCGGCGCGCUGCGCGUAGCAUCGGUCGGCAAUUCAGAUUCCGUGGAGUCCGCGCCGCUCCUCGAGGUGUUCAGAGUCUUCCUAUCCACGGACAACACCCUCGUGUUCGCGAACGCCGCGCUAGAUUGCAUUCUCUGUCUGUUGCGGCACGUGAGAGGCAUCGGCGACGCGGAGGGUCAUCAGGACGAACAGGAGCAGGUCGACGUCGCCGAGACCAAGCGAAUGAGACUCUGCGUGGAGAGCCUCAAGUACCUGUUGAGCUGCAGCGAUAUUUUGGCCUCGAUGUACGGCAUGCCAGCCUGCCCGAUCUUCCAUUCCGCGCAGAGGAUCCAGUUCGCGACCAUUCCCCAGUACGUCGAUCCCUUGAUCCCGAACUCCGAGGUGAUCCGAUUCGACAAGCACGCCGAAUCCAUACAAGAGACCAUUCCCGAAAGGCCUCACGACGUCCUCAUGGAGAACGUUCACACGAUCACCACCCUGCAGAGCAUGGACAAGCCCAGCGGUAUCCUCAGGGUCUGGUGCAUCCUCAUCGAGGGCCUGUCCAGCGCCACCAUGAUCUGUCCCAAACGCUACCAGCCUCACACCAUGGAGACGCUCUUCCAUUUGCUGCGGGACACCUUGAACGUCCCCGGACCAGCGUUCGGUCUCUAUUGCGUGAAUCAUCUGCUUCUUCCCAUGGUCCAGAACUGGCUCAGAAAGACCUCCAAGAUCUUCCGGGGCUGGGACAACUUCGCCCCGAAUUUCAAGCAGUGCUGCGGCCUCAUCACCGACCUGGUCGUCGAUUACUUGACGCAUCUUCAAGGUCCCGAGGUGGUGAGGAACGAGGCUUAUCUACCGGCGACGACGCUCAUGUUGAAACAGCUACUACUGGUGAUGGCGGAAUGCGUCGUGCAGCCGACCGAGAGCAUAGCUCGAUUAGGCUGCGCCUGCAUUAGGCACGUCCUGGUGAACAGCGGUCCGCUUCUCACCCCAGAACAAUGGGAGGUCUGCGGCGUCGCCUGUUACCGCGCCUGUUCGAAUUCCCUGCAAGAGUUGCACCAGCUGACCAUGGCUUUCUCGCCGAGAUCGGAAUCCUUUUACGGCGACGUAGCUCAGGUGAAGGUUGCCGCGCGACGGGACGCGACCAUCGAGGAGUCGGAACGUCUGCGACAGCUCGCCGCCCAGGUGUUCCUCCUGGAGGAACAACACCCUGAAGACUCCUCGAGCAUGUCGGACGACAGGUCGUACGUAUUUCUGCUCUAUCCACCUUCCGUGGGGUCUACGCUCAAUCCUGAUCUCUAUAUCGUGAGAGUGCAACUGAGGGCGCUGGUGGUAGGCCUCUUGGUGCACCAGAUGCUGCUGCACUGCAUCGCCAGUGUGCUUUUGCAGAACAACGAUUCCUCGUUUCCCAGCCUAACCCACGUGAUCCCUCGCUCGAUGGGCUCGGCGUCGCCGAAAGACUCGACUUCCGGUUGCCUGUCGUACUUGUCCAGCCAGCACGUCGACAUCUUCCUCUCGGCCCUGGACCUGUCCUACGCGGCAGCCCUGAAAUUCGAUUGCCGACCGGGCCUGAAGUUCCUGGUGCAAAAGAUAGCAAACCUCCAACAACCGGCGAACCUCUAUCGCCAAGCUGGCGCAGCGUGGAUCAUCAAGAUCGUUACCCUCUUCGAGCUCUGUCUUCGGGAGAUAGAAACCACCGGGGCCGACCUCGAAACGGUUAAAUCCCUGCUGACCUACAGCUCGGACGACAAGCCCCAGAAUCUUAGGAAGCUGUCCAAGUAUUUGAGACAGGCUCAGACCACGUUCGAGGAACUUUGCGAGAGCUACGUGGACGUGGUCCUGGACAAGGAUGGCAAACACACCAGAAUCGACAGCUUCUCCGAACGGGAGAUCUUCCUGCUGGUGGCGCAGCCCGACGACUAUCCGGAGAUCACCAGAAAGGAGCCGAUCGUCGACAGGGCCGUAAACACGCCGGCACCCCCGGAAUUCUAUCAGGAUUAUCGUCGGGACUUCCAUCAGGCGUAUCGUCAAGACUACCGUCAACACUAUCGCCAGGAUUUCCGUCAGGAAUUGGAGGAUCUCGAGGACCAGACGGACGACCAGGACGACAUCGAGGCCUACAACCCUAAUCUCGACGACGAGAGCGGUCUGGAAGAGCUUGGACCGGAGCCGGAAGAAGAAAUCAGACGCUUCAGACUGUCCGACCUAGCGGUGGAGUAUUCCACCGACUCUGGCCCACCCAGCGAGCCGGAAACCGACAAUUCCAGGCCGGUGUCUCGCCUAGGCUCCGUCACCGAGAAGAUAGUCUACCUCGACAGAUCGGGAGGCACUUCGAGCGAGGGCUACAUCGACGGAAGGUACUGUUCGAUUACCCCGGCUCCUGGUCGCUUGAUAAAUCGCUCCGACGAUCUCUACUACAAGAUGAGUCCUCUCAGGAGAGCCGAGUCCGCGGGAUCCUUCGAGACCUCGGUCUCCGAAGUGCUGGCAACCAGCACCAGCCUAACCGUCGAAGAGAUGUCCAGCUACAGGCGAUCCAGGAUGCAGAAGAGGAGAAGCGACGCCUGUCUCCUGUCCAGACGGAGUUCCCUCAAGUUCAUCGUUCCCAGCGAGAUCGAGGACUACCAGAAGUUCGAGUCGUCCAACGCUGCGGCCUCGAGGUGCAGAUCGGUCAUGGAACUGAGGAAGAGAUCCGUGUCCGUGUCGUCGAACGAUCUCGAGAUGUCGCCGAGGGCGUCUUCGAAGAUCGAAGAGAAGAAUAUUUCUCCGGCCUGCUUGGACGACGUCGACGAACUGUUGAAGGAUUACAGACGCAGCAAGAGGGGCUUCAGGAUGAAUCCUUUCUUGAAGGACGACGGGGAGGAUGCACCGGACGGUGUCUCGAUCAGGGACAGCUCGUUCCAGAGGAAGACCAACGUGCACAAAGACAGCGAGGCGCACAGGAGGGCCUGGGCCGAGACUCUGUGCACCGUUUUGGACUGGACUCUGGCUCUAUCGACUGACAAACUGACACCCCUGCUUCCGGUGUUCGUGAACGGCGUGCAGAUCCUCAAGCACCCCGUGGGCCAGGACCUCCAGGAACGGUUGUCCACUGUUUCCCACAGAAUACCAACUGGAAACGUGAAGACGAUUCUUCGAUUUCAGAAGAGUGAUUCGUUCUUAUUGUUAAUUUCAUCGUUCCAGCGUUCAUCGGCGAAGAAAAGCGAAAGGUCGCCGGAGCUGGGACCGUCUCGUCGCGACUGUUCAAACUUCGAAACCUUCGUCCAAAUUAUCUUCGGAAUCGGUCGAAAUAACUUCGACGUCCAGCUUCCAUUAUCUCGUGAAUCAAAAGAGUGGGCUAGAGGAUCGCGGACUAUUUCUCGCGAAUUGUCGCGUUGCUUGCGAACGAAUGCAACGACGCCGAAAACGACGACCGGAAGUGGCACGCGAACACGACAGACAAUAGCCAAUCCCCGAUUCUCCGCGGAUGAGAGAAACGGUGUCCCGUUUUCUCCGCGAUCUCUGGCUUGUCUCGACGCGACAGGACGCGUCGACACGGAGGGACAAGGAUUUUAUUUACGAUCCACUCUCUGCACGCACAUCUCCCGAUUCUCAUUUUAUGCUCUUUGCGCUUACCUGUAGUUUGCGGUCCAGUCGCAGCGGAGACUCGCUGCCGGCCUCGGCCCCGCGACCAGCGCGAUGGAUUCCGCGAGAUGCUCGACUUACCAUUCCCAUUCCGAGCUCCCGAAAAUCCUACCAGAAUCUGUUGUCCUUUCCCCGGAGCCCCUGCACUUUCGUUUCCGUUUCGCUGCAACGUGGCGCUCGAUCGCAGAGUCGAAGAGAAAAUCGAAUCCGCCGGCGUUCGUGCUUUAUGCUUCUACAGCGAGAUAUUUCGUUGGAGUUUAUUGGGAAAUGAAAUAUUAUUAUUUUGCGAGAUCUUUGAAUGCGAUAAAUAUUGAUAGAUAACGCGGGGAUAGUAUGCAAUAUUUAUAUUUGAGCCUGGAUCGAGAAUCGGCUAAAGAUUAGGGCACGAGUUUUACUUGGAAAUUUUGCCUAACGACGGAGCACCAUCUCAUAAAUCUUUCCAGUCGAAGCUGCAUUUCCACCCCCCUCCCCCAACCAUAUGCAAUCUAUCAAGCAUUAUUUGUACGACUAAUAAGAAACGAGAAUCUAAAUGUAAUUAGUGGGCUAGAAAAGUUAAGAGUUAACGUUGAAUCCGAAAGUUAGACACGUUUAGAAAUGUUACAAGAAAGAAUUUCGAGAAGGAUGCAUAUACACAGAUCCUUCGGUGUUUUGCCAAAGAAUUAAAGAAGAAGAAGAAGAAGAAGAAGAAGAAGAAGAAGAAGAACGAAGAAGCUGUAGCAGACGAAGAAGAAGAGUAUUGUUAGAUUUUAUUGUAAAUAGUACUCUCGAUCGAUCUCGGUGAUCCUCGGGAGCAGCUAGGUAUUUUUCGCGUUAAUUUUCCGUGUUGUUUAGCGGACGGCUAGUCGAUCUUUGUUUCCUUUGUCGCUUCGAUAUUAAUAUAUUAUACAAUAUAUUUUGUAUGCCGUUUGUAAAUUAGAGAAAGAUACCAAAACAAAAAAAAAGGAAAAGAAAAAACAAACAGAAGAAGACGGAAGUUUGUCCGGCCGUUGCGUUGUACCAAAAAUAAUUGAUCACCGUUUCACGUCGGUGUUUCUCUCCGCGAUUCUGUCCCGGACUCUCGGCCGUUCGGUGUUAAAAUACAUAAUAAUAUUGUUGAACGAGGUCGAGACGUUUCGUUUGUCUGGACAAAAAAUACCGGAGCAGAGAAAUGAACAAAAUUCCGGACAAAUUAAUAAAUCGAUAAUAAAACGUGCCUAUGUACAACCCUGUUUCCUUUCCGUGUAACCAAGUACGAACUGGGACUCUAAAAGGCUGAUCAGUUUGCCUAUGUGUACGAGAAACAGUAUGAACGAAUAAAAGGUGCAUUUAUUAUGAA